AUGGACCAGCAGAGGAAACGAGCUGUUGCGAAUUUAUCGGGCGACUCUAAGCGCCACACUGCGCAAAAGCGCGAUGGUGCGAUGGGACUAGUAUUCGAAGAUCCGUUUGGCGACGACAUGGAAGAUGAGGAAAUGGUCACUAGCGACGGAGACGAAGCGACUAUGGAUGGCGAUGCUGCUAUCACUGACAAGGAUAUUGAUAUGGACGACGAUGAGCAAGUCGAUUCAAAGAUGAAGAAGGUAUUUAUGCCCGGCGUGGACAAAUUGCAGGAAGAUGAGAUGCUCGAUUAUGACAGCAGCGCUUACGAUAUGUACUAUGCUUUGACAGCCGAGUGGCCAGCACUUAGUAUUGAUGUCGUGCGUGAUAGCCUUGGAGCAGUGCGAUCACGGUUUCCCAUGACAAUAUUUAUGGUAGCUGGCACGCAAGCAUCUAACCCCGAUGACAAUCAAGUCACUGUCAUGAAGAUGUCGGAACUAUACAAGACGAAGAACAACGAUGCCUCAGACUCGGAGGACGAUGGUAAAGACGAUGAGGACGAAACAGAUGGUGAUCCAGUACUUGAAACACGAUCCAUUCCGCAUUCUGGUGGUGUGAACCGCAUCCGCUGCAUGCCGCAGGUGCCGAAUAUUGUGGCUACGUGGUCUGAUCGCAAGAAGGUGCAUCUUUGGGACAUUUCAAAGCAGCUCGAGUCACUGGAUGGAAAGGUUGGUGGUCCGUUGCCGACCAAACAAAUGCCUGUGUACUCUUUCACAGGUCAUACCGACGAAGGAUUCGCCAUGGACUGGUCACCAGUAGAAGCCGGCCGUCUAGUUACAGGCGAUUGCAGCAAAUUUAUUUACCUAUGGGCCAGCUCAGACGGUGGGUGGAGUAUUGACAAGGUGCCUUUCGUGAGACACAAAAGCUCAGUGGAGGAUUUGCAGUGGAGUCCGACGGAGGCGUCUGUGUUUGCUUCAUGCUCGUCAGACCGUUCUGUUCGGAUUUGGGAUGUCCGCCGAAAAGCUGGCAGUAUGCUGGAUAUAACUGCUCACGACGACGACGUCAACGUAAUUACGUGGAAUCGCAACGUUGCCUACUUGCUUGCUUCUGGCUCGGAUGACGGCUCAUUUAAGAUCUGGGAUCUUCGAAACUUUAAAGCAGACAAUCCGGUGGCACACUUUCGAUACCAUACAGCACCAAUCACAUCCAUUGAGUGGCAUCCGACCGACGAAUCGGUGCUUGCUGUGUCAGGAGCCGAUAACCAGAUCUCGGUCUGGGAUAUGUCUGUUGAAGAAGAUGCCGAGGCCGCUGUGACCGUUCAGGGAGAGAAAGACAACCGGAAGCUUGAUCUUCCGCCACAGCUGCUGUUCAUACACCAGGGUCAAACCGACAUUAAGGAGCUGCAUUUCCACCCGCAAUGCCCAGGUGUUCUUAUGAGCACGGCUGGCGACGGCUAUAAUGUUUUUAAGCCCGCUAAUAUUUCAUAA